GGAACGCUUCCUGGCUAGUUAGCAUGUUGCGCGCAGGCUCCAUUCAUUGAUUAUCUAGUUAAAUUUUAUUUGAAACGAGUUAUUUUUAAAGUCAGCGAUGACUCUUACGCCUCUUGUUUACUGGGCUCAACGUCAUGAAGAGAUUUACCUGCGUGUGGAGCUGACAGACGCCCAGCAUAUUGAUGUCCAAGUGCAUGAAGAUGUCCUUCAUUUUAGAGCCCAGGGGCAUGGUGCAAAAGGACAAAAUGAAUAUGGGUUCAGUUUACAGUUCCUUUUACCAGUAAAGCCUGAGGUGAGCCACAAGUCCACACAGCGACAGGUAAACAUCACAGUGAGGAAGCAGCAGCGAGGCUGGUGGAGCAGGCUGACCCUGCAGGAGCGUAGACCCGUCUUCCUGGCACCGGACUUUGACCGCUGGCUUGACGAGUCAGACGCCGAGAUGGAGAUCCGGGAAAAGGAGGAAAAAAAGAGCAGGAUGAGGGUUGCAAGACAAACAGAAGAAGGGUUUGUCAGCCUCAAAACAGGCUUUUUGUUUGUUUAUAACCUGGUGCAGUUUCUUGGGUUUUCGUGGAUCUUUGUCAACAUGACUGUGCGCCUCUUCAUAUUUGGCCAAGAUUCGCUCUACGACACAUUUCACACGAUUUCGGACACGAUGUUCUUCUGCCAGAUCCUGGCAUGUGUUGAAGUCCUGAAUGCUGCCUUUGGCUUCGUCAGAACAGCAGUUAUUCCCACUCUAAUACAGGUGGUUGGAAGGAAUUUUAUCCUCUUCAUCAUCUUUGGUAGUUUGGAAGAAAUGCACAAUCGUCCAGUCGUGUUCUUUGUUUUCUAUCUGUGGAGCGCCGUCGAAAUUUUCAGGUAUCCCUUUUACAUGCUGGCAUGUUUCAACACAGAGUGGAAAACCCUGACGUGGCUGCGGUACACAGUGUGGAUCCCUCUGUAUCCGUUAGGUGUUUUAGCUGAAGCUGUUGCGGUGAUUCAGUCCAUUCCCAUAUUUGAUGAAACCAAACUCUUCAGCAUUCCUCUGCCGAAAGUCAUCGGUACCUCAGUCAGCUUCUCUUGCAUCCUGCACGUCUAUCUAGUGCUCAUGUUUUUGGGGCUUUUUAUUAACUUUCGUCACCUUUACAAGCAGAGGAAGAGGCGUUUCCGCACCAAGAAGAGGAAAGCAAAUUAAAAAGGAGCGCAAAUGGUUUUCUUGAACACCUCUGCUGCCUGCUUGCUUCUGGACGCUUUUAUGAGGAUCACCGUGUUCCAAAACCUUGCUUCUUUCAAAUUACUGCUUUUCAAGUGAAUUCCUCUUUUUCCACAUCCUGUUUGAUCUAAAAUAAUGGAGUCGUGCUAAUCUUGAUAUG